UUUCUUUUUUUUUUGUGAUCAUUCACCCACUAGGGAAAAUAAAGGGAGAUUUAUAUUUUAAUCCAUGGUGGCUUUUAUGCUACGUAUCUUUUUUUUUUCUUGUUCCGUUCUCACUUCUAACGGGUACCAUGUUCAUUCGUCAUUGGGCUGUUAUUGGUCGGCAAGCUCGUUGUUAUUCGUCUCGUACUUUUAGUUACGAAGAAGCGACCCGUUGGCUAGGGAAAUUCACCCAGGAUACCAUUCCCAAGGACCAGAUCCAACUCGGGUUCAGCCGAAGCAGUGGUCCAGGAGGCCAAAACGUCAAUAAAGUGAACUCCAAAGCAGAUCUACGCUUAGUCCUGAAUAAAGCCACCUGGAUACCCGAAUACGCACGGGAAAAGCUAAAGGCUUCUCACCGUUUAACAAAAUCAGGUGAAAUCGUAUUCACAUCGGAUCGCACACGAUCACAAGCAUCCAACGUGCAAGACUGCUACCGAAAAUUAAUGGACACAGUUCGAGAAGCUGUCCAAGUACCGAAAGACCCCGAUGCAGCCACCUUGGCCCGGGUCGCCAACCUACAACGCGUAGAGAAUCAACGACGGAAAGAACGCAAGAAAAUGCAAUCACAAAAAAAAAGUUCACGAAAGUUUAAAGGAGAUCUAUACUGACAGCAAACAGUUUGCCUGAAUACCACUCGACACACUAUCCAGCUCAUGAGCCAUGCAAGUUGAAUUCAAAGAUGAUAUCACAUUUCGAUCUUAACCGCAACAUGCUUGUAUUGACGAUUCUACUGCACCUCCUUUUGGCAAUUUUUACUUGCGUUGUUAUCUUGAUCCUUUUGCACCAGAACAUACCAUCCCUUUCGCCAAUGCAUAUUGCUUUUUGGCAAAAUAGGAGCUGAAAACAUCGAUUUUAAUGGCUAGGCUAUUUUGAAAAAGGAUCACACAUUGUAUAAAAAUGAUACAACCAUAUGCCCAAGCUCGACUUGGGGCGAAGCAUGUAAAUCGAUUAUCCUGUAAUUGAUAUUCUUCCUGCGUCUGAAAGCUUGCUUUGGUGUGCAAAA